ACUGAAUGAGUUUCUGCUCAGAGAAAGAGCAGAGAGUGUGGUCGGAUGUGUUUAUGAUGGAUGUGGCGCUGUUCUUGUCUCUCUGCGUCUGUGUUUGUGCGGCUGCGGGUUCAGAAACACUCGGGUCUUCCAGACCGCUGCUGUCCGAUGGAUUGUGUCAGUAUGGAUGGACGAGAACCUUAAAGGGCCAGUGCAAACCUGUGUGUGAGGCGGGCUGUAAACACGGCGAGUGUGUUGGACCGGAUCAGUGCCGCUGCCAUCCAGGAUUCACCGGCAAGACCUGCAACCAAGCUGUGUGUGAGGCGGGCUGUAAACACGGCGAGUGUGUUGGACCGGAUCAGUGCCGCUGCCAUCCAGGAUUCACCGGCAAGACCUGCAACCAAGGGUGA